AUGGACUUCCGCUCAACACGACGUGGCUCAAGGCAACCAUCUGACGUGUCGUCUCAUAAUUACGACCCAAACAUCACAGCUCCUUACGAUGAAGGACCUGCCUACUCUUCAUAUAUAUCAGAUCCGACUCAUCCAGACUAUGACCCUACCAUCGACCCAGCCCUUCAGCUCAGGACCGUACGGACCGCUGCCGCCUCUAUUGCCGAGUCUCAUCGCUCUGAUGCCAGAAGAGAUGAGCGGCGAAAGGAACGCAAGGCUGCCCUGCUUGGCAGGCUCGGUAGAGGCAGGACCUUCCGGAAGAAGGAGGAGAAGGUGGGAGGCCUCACAGCUCUAAUACAAGAAGAGCGCAAGCGAGACUACGGAGCAUCCGGCACUGGUGGUGAAGGAAUCGGUGUACCCUUUGAGUCGGCUCAGCAGGAUCAUACCCCUCUCACACCGGUCGCAGGCUCCUCGAGCGCUGCUGUUGCAGAAGCUCAAGAAGAGUUGCGAAUCACAAAGGAAGGGCAGCCAGCCGGCCCCACAAAGCCCUUCGGUAGGAAGGGCAAGGCAGCUCCUCAGCGGCGCAACGUCUACCUGAACCUUCCUUUGCCCCUCCAGGAGAGCGAUCGGAAGGGAGAGCCGCUCGCACGGUAUCCCCGGAAUCGAGUCUGUACAUCAAAGUACAACGUCAUCACCUUCUUGCCCAAAUUCCUCUUUGAGCAAUUUCGCCGCGUCGCCAAUAUCUAUUUCCUGGGGCUUGUGGUGAUAUCGAUCCCAAGCACCUUUGGAGCUACGAUACCGCAAAUAGCCAUGCUGCCACUGGUCCUCAUCCUCGGGCUGACGGCAAUCAAGGACGGUAUCGAAGACCAUCGCCGACAUGUGAUCGACAACGAUGUCAACAACUCUGCAGUCACCAAGCUGGGAAAUUGGAGGAAUGUAAAUCAGCCAAAGGACCCGCGGACAUGGUUUGAGAAGCUCUUUGGUCUCACUGGUCGAGGAGACGCCAAGGUCUCUAAGGGAGUGAGGAAGCUCAGGGAGAAGGAAGAUGCAAUCGGUUUGAGCGCCAUGAAACAGGAUUCAGCCUCGAUGGCCAGUCGGGGGAAUGCCUUCAUCGGAGGGAGUGAGGCUGCAAGGACCGAGACUAUCACUACGGGGCCUGGAGGCGAAGGCGAGAGAUGGGGCCUUGACACGAUAGCUUCGGAGACGGACAGAGCUGAACAGGAGUAUGCUGAUGUCUCCAAUUCGACAUGGUCUCAGUCUGUCGCCGGUCAAGAGGGGAGCGGUCAAAGACCCAUUCUCGGUCGCUUGGAAAGCCAAACAAGCAACAGAAAUGGGCCAGGAGCCCCAUACCAACAGAAUGGGCCUUCGUCUGGCGUAAUCGACUAUCGUAGGAACAUUGCUGGAACAGCAAAAUGGGAGAGGACCCUCUGGAAGAAGCUCGAGGUGGGAGACAUCGUGUUGCUGCGAGAGGAUGAACAGGUACCUGCUGAUAUCAUCGUCCUCAACUCAUCCGGGGAGGACGGUAUCGUCUUUGUCGAGACGAAGAACCUCGAUGGAGAGACGAACCUCAAGCCAAGGAGAAGUGUCAAGGCUACUCGUGGACUUCAAUCGGAAGAAGACGUAGAAGCUUCACAAUUCGUAAUUGACGUCGAGCCUCCGCAUGCCAAUCUCUACGCCUUCAACGCUGUGCUCAAGUACUCUACUAGCUCUGCGACCGACGAGGAGAAGUCAGCUCCGGUCGACUCGAGCGCCUAUGCUGCUGCGCAGGCUCAAUCGAAGCAGAUAGUGGAGCCCAUUGGUAUCAAUGAGCUGCUCUUGAGAGGCUGUGCCGUCAGAAAUACAGACUGGGUCAUCGGUAUAGUCGCCUUCACCGGGUCUGAUACCAAGAUCAUGCUCAACUCGGGUGAGACUCCUUCGAAGCGCAGCAAGAUUGAAAAGGAGACGAAUUGGAACGUCGUCGCCAACUUUGUCCUCUUGCUCGCACUGUGCUCCAUCUGUGCCAUUGUCGGUGGCCUUCGUCUUGGCGCUCCAGACACGAGCAUGGCAUUCUUUGAGCCCGGUGUCCUCGACUCGAGCUCCAACGUCGUCAAUGCCCUUAUCAUCUUCGGAUCAUGCCUCAUCCUCUUUCAGAACAUCGUGCCAAUCUCCCUCUACAUUUCCAUCGAGCUGGUCAAAUCGAUUCAAGCUUACUUCAUCUACCAGGAUGCAGACAUGUACUAUGCUCCUCUCGACCAGCCUUGCUUGGUCAAGUCGUUUAGUCUUUCUGAUGACCUCGGUCAGAUUGAGUACAUCUUCUCCGACAAGACUGGUACCUUGACUCAGAACAUCAUGGAGUUCAAGAAGUGCUCCAUCAAUGGAGUCUCGUACGGAGAGGGAGUUACAGAAGCUCAGAUCGGUGCCAUGAAGAGGGAAGGCAAAGACGUGUCUGGCUUCUCUGCAGAGACGCAGAUGGCGCAGCUGGAGAAGAGCAAGCAGCGGAUGGUACAGACCAUGACGAGGAGCUAUCAGAGUCGGUACCUUCGGGAGGACAAGCUCACCCUCAUUUCACCUCAGCUUGCCGAAGACCUAGCCCCUGCAUCUGCUGCCGAUGAGCAACGUCGCAAUGUCAUUGCCUUCUUUAGGGCUCUGGCGCUAUGCCACACCGCACUGACUGACCGGCCCGAUGGCACAGACCCUUAUACUCUCGAAUACAAGGCAGAGUCGCCCGACGAGUCAGCCCUCGUCGCAGCCGCUAGAGACGUCGGAGCAGUCUUCCUCAACAAGACGACCCAACAAGUCGACAUUGAGGUCAUGGGUCAGCCGGAGCGAUACACCCCACUCAAUAUCCUCGAAUUCAACUCAACCAGGAAAAGGAUGAGCGUAAUCGUGCGUGAACCCGAAGGCAGAAUUCUUUUGCUGGCCAAAGGAGCUGAUUCGGUCAUCUACCAGCGUCUGCGAUCGGAUCAUCCGCAAAAGCUACGAGAGGACACUCAGAACCACCUCGAAGAGUAUGCCAAUUCUGGAUUGAGGACCCUCUGCAUCGCCUACCGGUAUCUCGAGGAACACGAGUAUGCACAGUGGGCUCAAAAGUAUGCAGAGGCUGCUGCUGCUACUGUUGACCGGGAAGACAAGAUGGACGACGCAAGUGAGCUCAUCGAGCACAGUCUCACCUUGCUAGGAGCUACUGCUCUGGAGGACAAGCUGCAGGAGGGAGUACCCGAAGCUAUUGCCCAACUUCACGAAGCAGGCAUCAAGCUCUGGGUGCUCACCGGCGACAAGAUGCAAACGGCUAUUGAGAUUGGCUUCUCCUGCAAUCUGCUCAACUCGGACACCGAGGUCAUGAUCAUCUCUGCUGAUCACGAAGCCGGUAUUAGAGCUCAGCUGGAGGCGGCUUGCAACAAGAUUGCCGCUGCUGGACGUCCCGUCCUCAUCGAGGGUGCAGCAAAGGGCCUCUUCAAGAAGAAGCAACCCGGCCUGGGCUUCCAGCCUAAUCCUGAUGCAGCUGUCAACAGUGCCGGCGACGCUAGCAAGACGACGUUUGGCGUCGUCAUUGACGGUGAUGGAUUGAGAUAUGCGUUGGACCCGGCACUGAAGCCUCUCUUCCUCGCUCUGACUACUCAGUGUGAGACUGUCAUCUGCUGCAGAGUCAGCCCGGCACAGAAGGCGCUUACGGUCAAGCUCGUCAAGGACGGGAAAGACGCGAUGACGCUUGCCAUCGGUGACGGUGCCAACGACGUGUCGAUGAUCCAGGAAGCGCACAUCGGAGUAGGCAUCGCCGGCUUGGAAGGAGCCCAGGCUAGCAUGUCAGCCGACUAUGCUAUUGGACAAUUUCGCUUCCUCACCAAGCUACUCAUUGUACACGGCCAUUGGUCCUACCGUCGCAUUGCGGAUCUGCAGAAGAGCUUCUUCUUCAAGAACGUCAUCUGGACUUUUACCACGUUUUGGUACCAGAUCUUUUGCGACUUUAACGCUACGUACAUCUACGACUACAGCUACAUUCUUCUCUUCAAUCUGGUCUUCACCUCGCUGCCUGUUGUCGUCCUUGGUGCCCUCGAUCAAGACUGCAAUGCCAAGGCACUGAUGGCAUUCCCUCAGACGUACACCCGCGGCAUCAAAGGUCUCGACUACACCCGCACCCUCUUCUGGAUUGCAAUCGCGGACGGCAUCUACCAGUCGGUCGUCUGCUUCUUUGUCACCUAUGCCUCCUGGAAGUUCUUUCCCGUCGUCAACGCCGACGGUCAUGAGAUGGACGGCUUGUGGAUGUUUGGCACCACCGUCGGAGCAGGCGCAGUCGUCUCUGCCAAUCUCUACGUUGGUCUCUCGUCGUCGUACUGGUCGGUAAUCGUCUGGGUCGUGCAGUUCAUCUCCUCCAUCUCGUACUUUGCUUGGGCGCUUCUCUACAGUGCAUUCCCCGGGACGCCAUACCAGGACACUGCCUUCUGGCUCAUGAGCACCGUCACCUUUUGGGCGCAGAUUCUGCUCAUCAUUGUCCUCUCACUGCUGCCACGCUUCUAUGCAAAGGCGUGGAGGGUGUGGUUCAUGCCAACAGAGGUAGACUUGGUGCGGGAAGCGUGGAUCAAAGGUGAUCUCAAAAAGCGACUGGGACUCAAGGAACGAUCC